AUCGCGAAGGAUGAGGUCGGCGACGGUGAUGCUGAGUGCGGCUGCGGUGGGCAUGCUGCUGGUCGCUGGAGCAUCGGCCAAUCUUAAACCUGAAGAGAAGGAAGAACUUGGAGCUCUGGUUCUCAAAUCGCUCAUUUCGGCCCUUGCAAAUGGUCAGAGCUUCAACAUGGACUUGGGCGCCGAAGAGCCCCUUGCAAAGUCAAGCAGAAUCGUCAGGGCAGUGCCAGUCGCCAAGCAGCAACCGCGACCCACUCUCUUGAGUGCCUUCGCUGGUGCGAGGAAGCCGCGGUCAGGCACCGCAUCGCUCGAAUGGCGGUCCUGCGGCAGCAAAAAGGACCCGAUGCAGCUGCAGAAACUUGAGAUUUUGCCAAAUCCAGUCAAGGUACCUGGAAUGAUGAGGGCAGAAAUGGCUCUGCUUGUUAAAGAGGUCAUCAACCCGCCUAUAAAGAUUGCAGUUCGCGUAGAGAAAGAGGUGCCUCUGCCCCUUGGAUUGGGAACCACCUGGGUCGAGUUGCCUUGCCCGGGUGAUUCAUGCUCUGUUCCCAACGUUUGUGCCCCAGAAAUACUCCCGAGAGACGGAUCUCUUUGCCCCGCACCUUCUACAGACGGUCUUCCAGCCAACUAUACUUCGACUGCCUACUGGCGAGAAUGCGCUUGCCCCAUUCCAAAGGGUCUGUAUGCAAUGCCUCCUCUUGAAUUCAACAUCACUAGCCCUGCAGCCGUUUUACCCGACUACUUGCUCAACGGAGGUUUCUAUGUGAAAAUGAGACUCUCAAGGCACAAGCGACGCCUGGCCUGCUUUGAAACACAACUUGAUCUCGACCUUUAAAUUUUGGAGAAGAAUUAAAACUGAACGCUUUCUUAUACUGAUAUUUUUUCUAUUUUUAUGUGUAUUUAUUAUGAAUGUAUUUUUGAUGUCUAACAUUAAAGCAAUAGACUUCCUGAAUGGAUAUACAUGAUGUUUUUGUGUAAAAUAAUAAAAUUUAAACUUAAAUACUUUAAUACUUGUAUUAAUAUCAGGUUUUUUUGCAGAUUUAAAUUAAAAUAAAUAUAAAAUACAAAACUAAAA